AUGAACAGAAGAACGAGGAGGCGGAGGAAGAAGGCGAAGGCGGGGGAGGAGGCGAAGAAGAGGCGGUUGAGCGAGGAGCAGGUGAAGUUCCUGGAGAUGAACUUCGAUAGAGAGAGGAAGCUGGAGUCGGGGAGGAAGGCGAGGCUGGCAGCGGAACUAGGGCUCGACCCCAAGCAGGUGGCUGUGUGGUUCCAGAACCGGCGAGCGAGGUGGAAGAGCAAGCAGAUUGAGGAGGAGUACGUACGGCUCCAGUACAUGCACGAUGCCGUCCUCGUCGACAAGAGCCAACUUGAAGCCGAGGUCUCUCUCUCUCUCUCCCUUCCUCCUCCUUCCCUCCCUCACUCCCUCCUCACAUUCUCUCUUUAUCUCUCAUCGACUGCAAGAUACCACAAGACAAUUGAUCUGAGAGUGAGACGAACUGAUUAUCUGAGAAGGAAAAAAAUGAUUCCAAAGGAAACAGACGAAAGCAGGAUUUCUUCUCCAUCGCCUCUCCUACUGUGAAAUCUCUCUCUCUCUCUCUCUCUCUCCUUUUCUUCUUUCUCUCUUCUCUCCCUCCCCCUCUCAGAGAUUUGGAAACUACACGUACGAUAGACGUACUCAAUACCGUUUGAUUCCAGGUCGUGUCUCCUGACUUUCUUAGUUCAAAACUGAAGGAAAUGAAAACAAGAUAUACAACUCAUCCAGAUGACCCUCGCCUCCUCUCGUCUGGUCCUCCGGUGGUUCCUCCUCUCUCUCUCUCUCGUUCUCUCUCUUUGUGAACUUCUCCCGUUAAAUAGGCUUACUUCGGCCGCUAUCAGUUGAUUUUGGGUUGAUCUGCCUGAUUUUCCAACUCCGGGAAGGGAAAACAAGCAAAUAGGUCAUUGCGAUACUCCUAUUCAUCUUUCUCUCUCUCUCUCUCUAGAUGUGUAUCUUUCUAUCUAUGUAUUUUCCACUUGUACUCUCUUACACCCAAAUCUCGGACCGAACACUAUCCCCCGCAUCCAUUUUCAUCUCGAUCCCUUCGGAAAAACUACCAUCCCUCCUCCAUUUAUCCAUCUAUUCUCUCUUACAUCAAUGAAGAAUUCGCAGCGGAUGGUUCUGAUCAUAUUACAUCCGCAGGUGGUGAAGCUGAAGGAGCAGCUCUCGGAGGCGGAGAAGGAGAUAGCCAAGCUCUCAGCCUCUUGCAGCGAGAGGUGCAGCGGCAGCCCCAUCUCGUCCUCAUCCAUGGAAGCCCACAAGCCCCUCCUCGGGGAGCCCGGCGCCGCUGCCGUCCCCUCGGCAGCGGCGGCUGCGGCGGCGGCGGAAGAGGACCUCGUCUUGUACAUGCACGAAGACUACGGCAGUUAUGUUGACAUGAUGGAUUGGGUGGAGCUCCAUGGGAUGUGA